GCUAGCAGAAACCUCUGAGGGUCUCAUGGCCAAAACAGAUGCAACACAGGAGAUCUCAAGCUGGAUCUCCUGACAAAUUUGUCUUUACUUCAAAGCAGCUGUGGAGGGGGCCAGCACUGUGGGCUGCUAGUCUGAUCAGGAAAGCAGGGGAGAGGGUUAAAACCCUCUCCCCUGCACUAUCUCCCUGACAGAAGUUACACACACACACCCCAAAGAGGGGGAUAGAACUUGCUAUUAAAUCCAACGCGGGAAAAACACAAGUAUGGAUACAAUCACAGAUCACCCACAUUGCAUCUGUCUGGGCUCUUAGUCCUGUUCCCCGACACACUUUAUUUGAAGAUGUUAGAGACUGAAUAUGAAGCCUGAUGCAUUUAAAGCACAUGUUGCAGAAAUGAUCAAUGAUUUCGGCCCACAGGAUGAUCACAAACUCAGCAUUCAAGAACUAGAAGAAAAAUAUGGCACCAACACUGCUAAAGGUCUUACGUCCGCAAGAGCUGCAGAGAUUCUGGCCAGAGACGGUCUGAACGCACUCACUCCUCCAAAAUCAACUCCUGAAAUCAUCAAGUUUCUCAAACAGAUGAUAGGAGGCUUCUCACUCCUUUUGUGGGCUGGAGCUCUCCUCUGCUGGAUUGCCUCUGCAAUUCAAUAUGUUCAGAAUGAACCAGGAGCACUUGACCAGCUCUGUCUGGGCGUAGUCCUUGCAAUUGUGGUGAUUCUUACGGGGAUGUUUGCUUAUUACCAAGAAGCUAAAAGCACCAACAUAAUGGCCAGCUUCAGUAAAAUGAUCCCGCAGCAAGCCCUCAUCCUCAGAGAUGCCGAGAAGAGAGAAAUACCAGCAGACCAGCUAGUAGUGGGUGACAUUGUGGAAAUCAAAGGCGGAGACAGAAUACCAGCCGACAUCCGGAUAAUCGGCAGCCAGAGCUGUAAGGUGGACAAUUCUUCUCUCACAGGGGAGUCAGAGCCACAGUCCCGCUCCUGUGAAUUCACUCAUGAAAACCCACUGGAGACCAAAAAUAUUGCUUUCUACUCCACAACCUGUGUGGAAGGAGCUGCUACAGGCAUGGUCAUCAACACAGGCGACCGUACCAUAAUUGGACGGAUUGCUUCACUGGCUUCAGGAGUUGGGAAUGAGAAGACACCCAUUGCUCUGGAAAUAGAGCAUUUUGUACAUAUUGUGGCAGGAGUGGCUAUUUUCAUAGGUGUCCUUUUCUUCAUCAUUGCUGUCUCUAUGAAGUACAAUGUCUUGAAAGCCAUCAUCUUCCUCAUUGGUAUUAUUGUGGCCAAUGUACCUGAGGGGCUACUAGCCACAGUUACUGUAGCCUUGUCUUUGACUGCUAAGAGGAUGGCCAAAAAAAAUUGUCUGGUGAAGAACCUGGAAGCAGUGGAAACGCUGGGUUCUACCUCUAUAAUCUGCUCAGACAAGACAGGAACUCUUACGCAGAACAGAAUGACAGUAGCUCACCUUUGGUUCGACAAUGAGAUCUUUUCAGCCGACACCAGUGAAAAUCAAUCAACCCAGACUUUCGAUCAGUCAUCAGGCACUUGGAAAGCUUUGUCAAAUAUCGUCUCUCUUUGUAAUCGGGCAGAAUUCAGACCAGGACAGGAAAAUGAACCAAUUAUGAAGAGAAUUGUGGUGGGAGAUGCUUCAGAAACAGCUCUGCUGAAGUUUGCGGAGGUUGUUAUGGGUGAUGUAAUGGAAGUCCGGAAAAGAAACAGGAAAGUGGCAGAGAUACCCUUUAAUUCCACAAACAAGUUUCAGCUUUCAAUCCAUGAGACGGAGGACCCCAAUGAUAAACGUUUUCUGCUGGUAAUGAAAGGGGCUCCCGAAAGGAUUCUGGAAAAGUGCAGCACCAUGCUGAUUAAUGGAAAGGAGGAACCACUGGAUGAGGAGAAAAAAGAGGCAUUCCAAACAGCAUAUAUGGCACUGGGCGGCAUGGGCGAGAGAGUCCUUGGCUUUUGUCACCUGUACCUGCCAGAAGAAGAAUUUCCUGACACCUACCCAUUUGACACUGACUCUAUGAACUUCCCUACGUCUAAUCUUUGCUUUGUGGGGCUUCUGUCAAUGAUUGAUCCCCCUCGAUCCACUGUGCCAGAUGCUGUAAUAAAGUGUCGGAGUGCUGGGAUCAAGGUGAUAAUGGUCACUGGUGAUCACCCAAUCACAGCCAAAGCCAUUGCCAAAAGUGUAGGCAUCAUUUCAGCCACCAGUGAGACAGUAGAAGACAUCGCCAAGCGCCUGAACGUUCCCGUUGAGCAAGUGAACAAAGGAGAUGCCAGAGCUGCUGUGAUUAAUGGAAUGGAGUUGAAGGAUAUGACUGCAGAACAGCUGGAUGACAUCCUGCUCAACCACUCAGAAAUUGUCUUUGCUCGCACUUCACCCCAGCAAAAACUGAUCAUAGUGGAGGGUUGCCAAAGACAGGAUGCUGUUGUUGCGGUGACUGGAGAUGGUGUCAAUGAUUCCCCAGCUCUGAAGAAAGCAGAUAUUGGAAUAGCUAUGGGCAUUGCAGGCUCUGAUGCAGCUAAGAAUGCAGCCGACAUGGUCUUGCUGGAUGACAACUUUGCUUCUAUUGUUACUGGAGUGGAGGAAGGCCGCUUGAUCUUUGACAAUUUGAAGAAAACCAUUGCCUACACCUUGACCAAAAACAUUGCUGAACUCUGUCCUUUCCUGAUUUUCAUCAUGACCAGUAUCCCAUUGCCCAUUGGCACCAUCACUAUUCUUUUUAUUGACCUGGGCACAGAUAUUAUCCCUUCGAUCUCCCUGGCAUAUGAAAAAGCUGAAAGCGACAUCAUGAAAAGGAAGCCACGGCACAAGAAAAGGGACAGGCUGGUCAACCAGCAACUUGCAGUGUAUUCCUACUUACAGAUUGGCAUUAUUCAGGCCCUUGGGGGCUUUCUGACCUACUUUACGGUUUAUGCCGAGCAAGGCUGGCUACCCUACUCACUGCUCGACAUCCGUCUCCGCUGGGAAAAUCCAGCUGUUGAUGACUUGGAGGACAGCUACGGACAACAAUGGACUUAUGACCAGAGGAUGAUUUUGCAAUGGCACGGUGCCACAGCCUUUUUUGUCAGCAUCACCAUUCAGCAAGUGGCAGACUUGAUCAUUCGGAAGACACGACGGAAUUCCAUUUUCCAACAAGGGCUUUUCAGAAACAAAGUCAUUUGGCUUGGCAUAUUCUCCCAGAUCGCAAUUGCUUUGAUCCUCAGUUAUGGCUUUGGAAGUGCUCACAUCUUAAACUUCGCAGCCAUUCGGGUUCAGUAUUGGUUUGUUGCUAUGCCUUAUGCCAUCUUGAUAUGGGUCUAUGAUGAAAUCCGCAAGUUGCUCAUCAGGCGAUAUCCAGGAAGCUGGUGGGAUAAAAAUAUGUAUUAUUGAGUGUCCUUCUCACCUCUCAUUUCUCCAUGCUGGAGAGUGUGUCUUAGUUGCCUCUUCUGAGGGUGGCUGCUUGAAGGCUCUAGCUGUGCAAUAUCAACCAACUGCAGAGAUGCCUAUCAGAAUGAAGAAAGAAGGGCUAACCGACCAGAAACAGAGAUAUCUAAACUGUCCUGUAAAGGCUUAUGCUUGGGUUAUCAACUUGAAUGCUAUUUUUAUAAUACCUAAUCUCUCCUUGUUUAAAGUGUAUAAAGUUGAAAAGAAAGGAAAUCCUCUUGUACAAAGAAAUAAAGAAACCACAUGUUUGUAAUAAUAAUAAUGUAAGACACCAACUUGCACUAGGUUUCUUUAAGUUGUAUUUUUGUUGUUCUUCAUGAUUGUGAUGUCUUCCACAGCAAUACAGUUGUGAGCUAGUACGUAACUGAGCUAGUAUGUACAGUGUACAUACGUAUGUACACUGAGCAAGUAUGUGUAAACGACAUAUGUUGUUAAAGAAGACUACACUGUAGAUGCGUCAUUUGAUAAUAAAAUAACUGUUUUUA